AUGGAAACAGCGAAUCGGUUUCACUUUCACUUUCACUUCACAUUUCAUGUGAAACGAAAUUUCACCUUUUCGAGCGAGUGUGUUGGCUCCCAAGCAGCAGCCAAGAUGAAGGAGGCUGGAGAUAUUGGGCCGCUCGCGGCGGAACUCGGUGGCGGCGCCGUGCCGCUUCUGCUUGACGUUACAGAUGAUGCCUCGGUCGCCGCCGCCGCCGCGAGCGUCCUGGCCACAGGGAGCCAGCUGGACGCGCUGGUGAACAACGCCGGCGUGCUUCUGGAACGCAAGGGCACGGCGUUGGCGUCCAUCGUUGAGCCCACCUUGCGGGUGAACUUGCGAGGCGCCGUCUCGGUGACCGCCGCGUUCCGCCCGCUCAUUCGAGAUGGGGGGCUCAUCGUCAACAUCUCGUCGGGCGCCGGCACGUUCGUGACGGGGCAGCUCGACCCCUCGGUUCGCGCGAGGCUGGAGGCGAUGGACGCGGCUCGCCUCCAAGAGGCCAUCGCUCGCCUCGCAGCCGCGGCCGCCGCGUCGCCGACGCACCAGCCGGACGACACGCCCAUCUACGGCGUGAGCAAGGCGGGGCUCAACUACUACACUCAGCUCGAGGCGCGCGAGAACCCGCGCCUUCGCGUCGUCGCCUGCUCGCCGGGCUUUUGCCGCACGGCCAUCGCCGGUGCCGACGCAGACUACAGCAGACGUGAGCCCAAGGAGGCGGCGCUCGGCGCGGAUGUGGUGGUAAAGCUCCUCUUGGGCGACCUCGGCCGCGACUCGGGACGCUUCUACAAAGAGUGCAGCAAGCCGGGCACCUCGCUCGAAGCGGCACGCUCCAAGCAAGAGCCGUGGGAGCCCGUGCAAGCGACGAUCGAGGCGGCGUGGCAGAGUGCCGAUGCCGCAGUGGAGGUGACGAUUCGCGGCCAGGCGUACGUCCUUGACUUUGCGGAGAGCAGGCAGCGCCAGAAGAGCGACCCAUCGCGCUCCCGAGCCAUCAAGCGCGUCGUGUCGCUGUCGUAA